GGACUGACGGUGAUCAGGCUCAAGAAGGCUCAUACAUGAGAAAGGAAUGAUACCGUUAGCAUUGAAGAGACAAGAGAGGAAGGAGUGUGAGCAACGGUUGUUGUAAAAUCAAAAGUACAUUCCAUUAUAGUGUCUAUCUUAUUCACAAUGAUGCCAAAAGCCAAAUGCUGCCUCCUCUCGCUGUUAUGCGUGGGCUUGUUCUUGGCUCAUUCAUCUACCUGUUUUGUUCCGAUAUCCUUACAAAGAUCCACAAGAUCCAUAUCCACAUGGUUGCCAUUAUCCUCCAGCACCAAGAUUGAACAAGGCUCGACUGCUGCCGAUGAAUCUCCCGCCGUCCCAGAAGCCAUGGCGGCUCCCAGCAGAGGAAAAGUCAAUGAGAUUGAUUUCUGCAUUGCUCCCGCCGAUGUCUCGCUAUCAAGAUCAUACGCCAAAUCCGCCAGUGCCAUGUUGGUGACAUCCGCCACGGAGGAUGCAUCCCCCGUCUUAUCCCUGACCAGGGCACUCAAUAACGCAUCCAAUCGAGCUGUACGACGCAUCUUGUUGGCAAGGGCUUGGCCAUCCGCAGAAGCAUUGAACAAGAGCUUUCGACAAGCCGCACUCGCCGAAAAGGAGCGGGAAGCGGCCAUGGCAGCGCAGGAAAAACAAGAGGGAGGAGGAUCCAAAUGUCCCAUUCCAAGACCAAUCUUGAAUCUAUUGGUCAGACGAAGAGCCGACAAAAAAUAUACCGGAAAUACCAAUGAAAAGGCGGCUACGUCGGGAACGGGAGGUGGAGCCCCUUCCCCGAGAAGUAGAACCGAUGAAGAAUACGUGACCGAUCAGCUCAAUGCAUUCCGGGAGAGAUACGGAAACUUGCCAGGAUACAUGUUUGCAGAGGCGUACCUAGAAUCCAUCCUCAGCUUGGCAACCAGUGGAAAAGAGUCCCCCAGAGUCAAAGAGGUGAUGGAAUCAGGCAUCUACGAUGAAUCGUACAGAAGAAUUGUGGGUGUUCUGCGAACCGUCGGUGCCUCCUUUGAAGGAAAACCAUUCACCGGCAAUUCAAAAAUUGCACCCAUUCUCAAAAAUCAGGAUAUUAGUCUUUCCAUGCUGGACAAAAUCAGCUUGAAAAAGGAAGCUAGCAGGAACAGUCAACAACAAACAGGCGACAAUAGCAGCAGCAGCAACAAAGCAUCCAAGAAGGAUAAUGCCGACGAUGACAUCAAAUCGGACGAUCUGGGUGGUCUCUUGCUGAGUGCCAAAGAGCCAACCAUGACACGGGAGUUGAAUGCCUUAUCCAACAUUGUGCAACGUGCCUUGCUCUUUGGUGGUGACCAGGAGUUGUUGGUAUUGUUUGAAACGCUGGUGGCAGAUCGACCCCGAUUCGUCCAACGAUGGUACCCGAACACGGGUGGUGUCGACGAUGAAGCCGAGUUGGACGAUGAAGAACGGCCAGGAAUGCAAUUCUUCAACUCGCUUUUGAAACUCUUGUCGGAAUGUUACAAUUAUGGUGUCGUCACGACCCUGGAUCCACCCUUUGCGCUGAUUGAGAGCUAUGCCAAUGCGUACGAACGCUUAAUGGCAACUCUGGUAGAGCUGGGAAGUGGUUAUGUCAAGCCUACUCCCGGAGAUGUUCUCUCCAUGCCCAUACCGCGAACCGCUCAAGAGGAAUUGGGACGAUUUGCCGUGUGGGAAUCAACCUUUCGACAAAACAGCGGUGCGGGGAGCGAUAUUUCUUCGUACCCCGAAGACUUGGCUGGGAAUUGGGAGGUUCAGGACCUGAUUGGAUCGGAAAUCAUUGGUGUUUCUACAGUCGAGUUUCAAGCACAAGGUACAGUAGAAGUUGCCCCACCUUUAGAAGGCCUUCGAUGGCGACUGGAUCCAGGACCGACUCAUUUGGACACGGUGACAUUUCAAGUAUUGAGUGACGACAAGACCAUUCUCCAAUACCGAGGGUUUGUCGACCGCGGCGCUCGUCUCGAAUCUCGGUUUUCCAAGCGACCCAUCAAGAUACGGGGCAGUGUUGAAUUCCAGAUGCGUGACACAGAUGUCGUCAUUCUGGGAGAAGACUACUGGAAGGAUAUGCUGCCUUUCAAUUACAGAACAGGCACCACCAAAUUCGUAAUGACGAAAAUGCCAUAGUAGCAUCUAACAAAAAGAACAAAGACCGAGAAAAUGAACGAUGUUUGAAUAGGCAGCAAUCUACAGCUCUCUUUUGCCUCAACAGUGUCCACGCUACUUUCGCUGUCGCUGUGGUUGUCUGUUUUUCAUCAUUUGAAGUCGGUCUUUGUGUGGCUUGGAAUGUAGAUGCUCCUGUAGUUGGACUGGACUGGUCAACUGUUUCCUGCAGAGUUUGCAAUAGCUGGCCUUCUUUUCCAUUUCUACUGCAGCUUUAUGAAACUCUGUCCUUUUAUGUUGAAAGAAUUCGUCGCUGUCUGCGUAUUGUUUGGCACAGACUCGGCAAUAAAAGGGAAUCUUUUCGUUGGAUCUUGCGACGUAGCCAUUCAACACAACCUUGACCGCAGCCUUGAGUCCUGCACUGAUUUCUGUGGUUGACUUUUGGCUAUCAUCCCGUUUACGCUUGUUCGACUUUCGUUCGCCGUUGCUGAUUGUCUUUCCUGCCGAGUUAUCGCCGUCGAUUCCCUUGAGCUUCCGUCGUUUAUUGGAUGGUAGACAGCUUGUCGGCAAAGCCGAAAUUCGAUCUUCGGCCAGAGUUGACAGGGAGAUAACUCCUCCUGCAUCAUCUGUAGGUUCUCUUUCCGAAGCUUCCGAUUCCUCAUCAGAAUCUUCCUCGCUGUCACUGUCAUUGUCAUUCUUUAGUUCCUCUUCCAAUCUUCGAAUCUCUUCGUCAAUAUCCGACACAUGGUCGUCUUCUACCUUCUCAUUGUUCUUUGGAUUUUCUUGCAGAGGACUCUUGGUCGAUGAUGUUGGCGCUUUCUUCCGUCGAAGUUGCUCGGCAAUUGGUAACGGUUGGCGAUCAUCUUUCUCGUCGUCCGACUCACUAUCUGACGAAUUGCUGUCCUCUUUGGCUUUCGCAUUGAUUCGAUAGGCCUUCUUCCCCUCCUUCGCAAUUUCAUCAGUUUUCACCAGGCUCCGAAGUGCUUUCUUCACUUCCUUUUUCGUGGCAUCUGCCUUGAGGUGGCGCUGGAUAUGUUUUCGUUUCAAAGGCUUGCCGGACUCUUCGAGUAGCUUCAUUACCGCUGCUUUGAUGUCCAUGGUCUUCGUCUUAUGAUUUCAAAUGUCAGAUUGUGGCAAACGGAUGAUGCAUGAUGUAUGUGUGGUGAUCGAAUGGAUGGAAGCUCAAGGACGGAAGAUUUAGGAUCCG